GUCGCUCGAUUCAGCCCCAGUUGGACGUUUGUGUUCCCUCUGCUUUGGUCGUCGUUAUUGAGGGUUCCCUAUCACUGAGGCCGACUCCAGAACAGAAUCUACACGCAACAGGCUUCAUAUUCUGGCACCCAUCCGAUGCACAUUCGACAUUUAAUGUAUCGGUAAUCGUUGGAGGAUAAAAUCAGCGACCUAGGCUGCUGCGGCAAAGAUGUCUACUAAUAACCCGUUCACCGAAAUCUACCGACAAUUAAAUCAACACCCUCCGGACCCAAAUGAGCCACUCCCGACGCUCCACAAGCCUGGUCCUAUCAUUGCAAUCACAGCUGUAUUUCAUAUUUUGUCAUGGCUAGCUGUAGCAUUUCGACUUUGGGUGCGAAGAGUUGGACGCGAAUAUGGAUUUGACGACGUCUUUGUCGUUUUCGCGGCUGCCUUCAAUUUAGCAUCUUUGAUCGGUUUUUAUGGAGGUCUCAGCGCCGGUAUGGGCAAACAUCUGCUCCUCAUUACCGAUCUCGAUGUCGACGCCGUAUUCAAGCAUAUGUACCUCCAGAACGCCGCCUAUCACACCACCUCGUUUUUCAUCAAGCUUUCGCUUCUCUGCCAAUAUCUACGCAUGUUCCAAGCAGGAAAACUCCGAAUGUUCACCAUCUUCCUUACUGCCGUGGUCACUUUAUGGGGCGCGGCUUUCUGCUUCAUGACAUGGUUCCCCUGCUUCCCCGUCGAUGGAUUCUGGAACCGCGAUCGCGAUCCGCCGGCAAAGUGCUACGCCUUUGGAUGGGCUGAUUUGAAGGGCGCGAUGGUCUCUUUCCUGGCCUUCUCCGCGAGCAACAUGGUCCUCGACGUCAUCAUUUUCUUCCUACCGCUAUUCAAAUACCUCAAGAAGGGUCUAUCGCGGAGAGAAUACAUGGCACAGACGGCACUUUUCCUCCUCGCAUCCCUGGUCAUUAUCUUCGCUAGUCUACGAUUUUCGACAGUUGCAAAGCGCGACGCGUCGAAUGUCGAGACCAUGGACUUCACAUGGUGGUCUCCCUCGAUGAUCAUCCUUUCCUGUCUGGAGGUCGACUUCGCGAUCAUGGCCUGUUCGAUGCCCAUCUUCUGGCCUGCUUUCGUUUCCCACCUUCAACAAACCUUUGGCAUUUUCGUCACACAGGAAGUCCACGUUACCACGCACCAACGCCUCGAGGACAACAACUACGAGAUGGAACAGCGCAGCGUCAAGUCGAUGAACAGCCAGGAGGGUCUGACGCACAAGGGCAGCUACUCCACCAUGGCGAAAACAAACUACAACGAUCCGUUCGUGGUGGACCAUGUAACGGGCAAGGUGCCCGUAGUGACGGAGGUAGCGACGAAUGGCAAAAGGAGGUAGCAAUAGCCCCCAGCAAGAAAAAGAAAAGAGAAAAUGAACUUAAAAAAAAGAAAAGACAAGACCUCCCCAUGUGUUCUAUCAGCGUUGCAUCCGGCGGCUUUCUUCCAUUUCUUAUUGAUUGAUACCCUAUAGAGAGAUUUAUCUACCUUCACGG